GCAGCGCGAUGGAGCAACAGGCGGCGCCGCCCGCCCCGGUGGGGGCCGCAGCAGGGGGCCGGGCUCGGCGGCGGCGGGAGCGGGAGUCGGAGCCUCCUCGGAUUUCUUUUUUUGGAUCAAAAUCUUUUGGAAAAAGAAGUCCUGACAGCUCCAUGUUGAGCAAAGCUGAAUUUGUUGAGAAAGUUCGCCAGAGCAACCAGGCUUGCCACGAUGGCGAUUUUCAUACAGCAAUCACGUUGUACAAUGAGGCUUUGGGAGUCGACCCUCAGAACUGCAUUCUCUACAGUAACCGUUCAGCAGCCUACAUGAAAAUCCAUCAAUAUGACAAGGCACUGGAUGAUGCAAUCAAAGCACGACUUCUAAAUCCCAAAUGGCCAAAGGCAUACUUCCGGCAGGGUGUGGCCCUUCAGUAUCUUGGACGUCAUGCAGAUGCACUGGCAGCAUUUGCAUCAGGGCUGGCUCAAGAUCCCAAGAGUCUUCAACUUCUGGUUGGCAUGGUCGAGGCUGCCAUGAAAUCUCCCAUGCGAGAGUCCCUGGAACCAACCUAUCAACAAUUGCAGAAGAUGAAGCUGGACAAGAGCCCCUUUGUUGUGGUGUCUGUGAUAGGCCAGGAACUUCUGACUGCAGGUCAUCACGGUGCCUCUGUGGUUGUGCUAGAAGCUGCCCUGAAGAUCGGCACUUGCAGCCUGAAGCUGAGAGGAUCAGUGUUCUCUGCACUGAGCAGUGCUUACUGGUCCCUGGGGAAUACAGAGAAAAGUACUGGAUACAUGCAACAGGACUUAGACGUAGCCAAGACUUUAGGUGACCAGACGGGAGAAUGCCGAGCUCAUGGAAAUCUGGGCUCCGCAUUCUUUUCCAAAGGAAGUUAUCGGGAGGCCCUUACUAACCACAGACAUCAGCUGGUGCUCGCCAUGAAACUCAAGGACAGAGAGGCAGCGUCCUCAGCACUGAGCAGUUUGGGCCAUGUGUACACAGCCAUUGGGGACUACCCAAAUGCACUGGCUAGCCACAAGCAGUGCGUCCUCCUCGCAAAGCAGUCCAAAGACGAACUCUCUGAGGCACGGGAGCUGGGCAACAUGGGGGCAGUGUACAUUGCAAUGGGGGAUUUUGAAAAUGCCGUGCAAUGCCAUGAACAGCAUCUUAAGAUCGCCAAGGAGCUGGGGAACAAGCGGGAGGAAGCCCGAGCCUACAGCAACCUAGGCAGUGCUUACCACUACCGGAGGAACUUCGACAAAGCCAUGUCCUACCAUAACUAUGUGCUGGAGUUGGCCCAGGAGCUGGCUGAGAAGGCUAUUGAGAUGCGAGCUUAUGCUGGCUUGGGCCAUGCAGCUAGAUGUAUGCAGGACCUGGAGAGGGCUAAGCAGUACCAUGAAGAACAGUUGCACAUUGCUGAGAGCCUGCAGGACCGAGCUGCUGAAGGCAGAGCCUCCUCCAAUCUAGGAAUCAUCCACCAGAUGAAGGGUGAUUAUGAUUCUGCACUGAGGCUACAUAAGACACAUCUGUCCAUAGCUCAGGAGCUAAGUGAUUAUGCUGCCCAGGGCAGGGCUUAUGGCAACAUGGGCAACGCUUAUAAUGCUCUGGGCAUGUAUGACCAGGCUGUGAAGUACCAUCGGCAGGAGCUGCAGAUUUCUAUGGAAGUGAAUGACCGUGCCUCUCAGGCAUCCACACAUGGGAACUUAGCAGUUGCCUAUCAAGCGUUGGGUGCUCAUGACCGUGCUCUGCAGCACUACCAAAAUCACCUCAACAUUGCUCGGGAACUACGAGAUAUCCAGAGUGAAGCACGGGCCCUGAGCAAUUUGGGCAACUUCCACUGCUCACGAGGAGAGUAUGUACAGGCAGCUCCUUACUAUGAACAAUACCUGCGCUUGUCCCCAGAGCUGCAGGACAUGGAAGGGGAAGGGAAAGUUUGCCAUAACCUUGGCUAUGCCCAUUACUGUCUUGGAAACUAUGAAGAAGCUGUAAAGUACUAUGAGCAGGAUCUUGCCUUAGCGAAGGAUCUUCAUGACAAGCUGAGCCAAGCCAAAGCGUAUUGCAACCUCGGUUUGGCCUUCAAAGCCUUGAUGGAUUUCAGCAAAGCAGAGGAGUGUCAGAAGUACCUAUUGUCCCUGGCCCAGUCUCUGAACAAUUCCCAAGCCAAAUUCCGAGCUCUGGGGAACUUGGGGGAUAUUUUUGUCUGUAAGAAAGAUGUAAAUGGUGCAAUAAAAUUUUAUGAACAACAGCUAAGCUUAGCCCAUCAUGUUAAAGACAGAAGACUGGAAGCCAGUGCCUAUGCAGCCUUGGGCUCUGCAUACAGGAUGAUACAGAAGUGUGACAAGGCUUUAGGCUACCAUACGCAAGAACUAGAGGUGUACCAGGAGCUGGGAGAAAUGCCAGGUGAAUGCAGAGCACAUGGUCACCUUGCUGCAGUGUAUAUGUCACUUGGGAAGUACACCAUGGCAUUUAAGUGUUAUGAAGAACAGUUGGAGCUUGGGCAGAAACUGAAGGACCCUAGCAUAGAAGCCCAAGUCUAUGGUAACAUGGGCAUUACCAAGAUGAACAUGAACAUCAUGGAGGAAGCUAUUGGCUAUUUUGAACAACAACUGGCCAUGCUGCAGCAGCUCAGUGGAAAUGAAUCUGUGUUAGAUCGAGGCCGAGCGUAUGGGAACCUGGGAGAUUGUUAUGAAGCUCUAGGAGAUUUUGAGGAAGCUAUAAAGUAUUAUGAACAGUACCUGUCUGUGGCUCAAAGUUUGAACCGUAUGCAAGAUCAGGCAAAGGCCUAUCGAGGCCUGGGCAAUGGACACAGGGCUAUGGGGAGUUUGCAGCAGGCUCUGGUGUGCUUUGAGAAGCGGCUUGUGGUGGCACAUGAAUUAGGGGAAGCAUUUAACAAAGCCCAAGCCUAUGGGGAGCUGGGAAGCCUGCACAGCCAGUUGGGGAACUAUGAGCAAGCCAUUUCUUGCCUGGAGCGCCAGCUAAACAUUGCUCGGGAGAUGAAGGACCGAGCUCUGGAGAGCGAUGCUGCAUGUGGCCUCGGUGGAGUCUACCAGCAAAUGGGAGAGUACGACACAGCCCUGCAGUAUCACCAGCUAGACCUGCAGAUUGCAGAAGAGACCAACAACCCCACCUGUCAAGGCCGGGCCUAUGGGAACCUGGGCCUGACCUAUGAGUCCCUGGGCACGUAUGAGAGAGCAGUUGUUUAUCAGGAACAACAUCUCAGCAUUGCAGCACAAAUGAAUGACCUAGUAGCCAAAACCAUGUCUUACAGCAGUCUAGGAAGGACUCAUCAUGCCUUGCAGAACUACUCUCAGGCUGUGAUGUAUCUGCAAGAAGGACUGAGGCUGGCAGAGCAGUUGGGUCGCAGAGAAGAUGAAGCCAAAAUCCGCCAUGGCCUGGGCCUCUCCCUCUGGGCGAGUGGGAACCUGGAGGAGUCUCAACACCAGCUUUACCGGGCCUCGGCGCUAUUUGAAACCAUCCGACACGAGGUGCAGCUGAGUACAGAUUACAAGCUAUCACUCUUCGACCUGCAGACAUCCUCCUAUCAGGCCCUGCAGCGAGUACUUGUCAGCCUUGGUCACCAUGAUGAAGCCUUAGCAGUGGCAGAGAGAGGACGAACAAGGGCUUUUGCUGAUCUGCUUGUGGAACGCCAGACUGGACAGCAGGACUCUGAUCCCUAUUCUCCAGUAACCAUUGAUCAAGUCUUGGAGACAGUGAAUGGCCAGAGGGGACUUGUUCUCUACUACUCACUGGCUGCAGGUUAUCUGUACAGCUGGCUGCUGGCUCCUGGGGCAGGAAUCCUGAAGUUUCACGAGUAUUAUCUGGGUGACAGCCUCACGGAGAAUGCUGGGGACUUCCCUGAAGCCAACAGCAUGGCUCUGCAAACAGUAACGACCUCAGCACUGGAACUGUACAUCUCCAGCGUGCGAGAAACCCUGGGUGUGGAAUCCUACUAUACCCGAGCCUGUGCCAGCAGUGAGACUGAGAGUGAAGCUGGGGAUAUCAUGGACCAACAGUUUGAGGAGAUGAAUAACAAGCUGAACUCAAUGACUGAUCCAACUGGCUUCCUGAGGAUGGUCAGCAGGAACAACCUCUUGAACAGGAGCUGUCAGAGCAUGAGCAGUCUGUUCAGCAGUACCAUGUCUCCUGUUAAGGAUGGAACAUCCUCUCUUCCAAGGAGGCAGACUUCCUUCACCAAGCCCCCACUUCGUGCGCUCUAUGACUUACUGAUAGGACCCAUGGAAGGAGGUUUGAUGCAUUCCAGUGGUCCAGUCGGCCGCCACCGCCAGCUGAUUCUGGUUCUGGAGGGAGAACUGUACCUCAUUCCUUUUGCUCUUCUGAAGGGCAGUUCCUCCAACGAGUACCUCUAUGAGCGCUUCAGCCUCAUUGCAGUGCCAUCCAUCCAGUCGCUGAACCCCAGCUCCAAGUCCCACGUGAGGAAGAAUACUCCUACUUAUUCCAAUUCUACCUCAAUGGCAGCUGUCAUAGGAAAUCCCAAGCUCCCUUCAGCAGUUAUGGACAGGUGGCUGUGGGGACCUAUGCCUUCUGCAGAAGAGGAGGCAUAUAUGGUAUCUGAGUUACUUGGUUGCCAACCCUUAGUUGGCAAUGCAGCAACAAAAGAGAGGGUCAUGAGUGCCCUCUCUCUGGCAGAAUGUGUUCAUUUCGCAACCCACAUCUCCUGGAAGCUGGCUGCUUUAGUCCUGACACCCAACACUGACAGCAAUCCAGCCAGCAGCAAGAGCUCUUUUGGGAACCCCUACACAAUCCCAGAAUCCCUUCGGAUGCAGGAUGAUGCCAGUGAUGCAGAGAGCAUCUCAGACUGCCCCCCUCUUCAAGAGUUUCUACUCACAGCAGCUGAUGUCCUGGAUCUGCGGCUUCCUGUUAAAUUAGUGGUUCUUGGAUCUUACCAAGAAUCCAACAGCAAAGUCACUGCUGAUGGGGUUAUUGGCUUGACAAGAGCGUUCCUGGCUGCUGGGGCUCAGUGUGUUCUAGUGUCACUCUGGCCUGUUCCUGUGGCUGCUUCCAAAAUGUUUGUGCAUGCCUUCUAUUCUUCCCUCUUAAAUGGAAUGAAAGCCAGUGCAGCCCUUGGAGAAGCAAUGAAAACUGUACAGAGCAGCAAGCAGUUCUCACAUCCAUCCAACUGGGCAGGUUUCACACUCAUCGGGAGUGAUGUGAAGCUCAACAGCCCUUCUUCGCUAGUAGGGCAGGCCCUGACUGAGAUUCUGCAGCACCCCGAAAGGGCACGAGAUGCCCUACGCGUCCUGCUACAUCUGGUGGAGAAGUCAUUGCAGCGGAUCCAGAAUGGGCAGCACAACUCCAUGUACACCUCCCAACAAAGCGUGGAGAAUAAAGUUGGUGGCAUUCCUGGCUGGCAGGCUCUGCUCACGGCUGUGGGGUUCCGACUGGACCCUCCUGCCAGCGGCCUGCCUGCAGCAGUGUUCUUCCCCACCUCAGACCCUGGUGAGCGGCUACAGCAGUGCAGCACCACCAUACAGUCCCUCCUAGGUUUGCCUAACCCUGCACUUCAGGCACUUUGUAAACUUAUAACAGCUUCAGAAACAGGAGAACAGCUUAUCAACCGGCUACAUCAAGUCUUGGUUCAACUUCAGGCAGGAGAGAAGGAGCAGGAUUUCUCCUCUGCACCAAUCCAGGUUUCCAUCAGUGUCCAGCUCUGGAGGCUUCCUGGCUGUCAUGAGUUUCUGGCAGCUCUAGGUUUUGACCUUUGUGAAGUUGGGCAAGAGGAGGUGAUUCUGAAAACUGGGAAACAAGCUAAUAGGAGGACAAUGCACUUUGCUCUACAGUCCUUGCUGGCACUUUUUGAUUCUACAGAGCUUCCUAAGCGCCUUAGCCUGGACAGUUCCUCAUCACUAGAGUCAUUGGCUUCUGCUCAGUCUCUUUCCAACCCAGUAUUACCCCAGUAUCAAAACCCUCCAUUCUCUCCUACUUGUCCAGACAGCAUUGCAUCAGAUGCCAUUUCUGUAUAUAGCCUGAGCUCCAUUGCUUCUUCCAUGAGUUUUGUUUCCAAGCCAGAGAGCAUGCCAGAUGGUGUGGGGCAUAGAGGACGCCAGGACUAUGAGAGGCCCAAGAACAUCUAUCCACAUAGGCCUUCUGCAGCACAGAGCCAGCUGUCAUUGCAAACUAGCACUGCAGUGAGCAGAGAUGAGGAGGAGUAUGAAGGAUUUUCCAUAAUUAGCAAUGAGCCUUUGGCCAAUUACCAAGAAAACAUAAAAACGAGAUUUUCCCCUGAUCACAAACAGCCCCAAACUAGUCAGACUGGAGGUAUUAAAGAGUCUGUCAUUUCCAAGGGGAACAUCAGUACCCCAAAUUCUCCUGUUAAAAUGACUCUUAUUCCCAGUCCAAACUCACCUUUCCAAAAGGUUGCGAAACUUGCAAGUUCUGAUACUGGGGAAUCUGACCAAUCUAGCACUGAGACUGACAGCACUGUCAAGUCCCAGGAGGACAACAAUCCAAAGCUUGAUCCACAAGAGUUGGCCCAAAAAAUUCUGGAGGAAACUCAGAGUCACCUCAUUGCUGUUGAACGUCUUCAGAGAAGCAGCAGUCAAAUAAGCAAAAGCAACAGUUCAGACGAUGUGGCUCCCACACCAGCCGGUGCAUCUGCAUUCAGAUCCUCAGAGACCAGUGCAUUCAGUAGGCCAGUCAGCUCUAAUCAGAAAAACCAGUCUUCACCUGUUACAAUUAAACCAAAGCCUCCAACAAGGAGUUCGUCCCUGCAGAAAGUGAGUUCUGGCUACAAUAGCCCCACAACAUCCGAGAUGUCAAACAAAGAAGGUGCGGGCCAAUACAGUGGGCAGCCAUCUCCAGGUUCUGAUUCACAUGGGUCCUUAACUGAACAACCUCACUUUAAACUCAAGUACCCCAGCUCUCCUUAUAGUGCUCAUAUUUCUAAAUCACCCAGAAAUAUCUCUCCAAGCUCAGGGCAUCAGUCUCCUGGUGGCAGCACUCCAUCUCCUGCUCUGUCUUAUUCCUCAGCUGGUUCUGCUCGUUCAAGCCCAGCUGAUGCCCCAGAUAUAGACAAAUUAAAGAUGGCUGCCAUUGAUGAAAAAGUGCAAGCAAUUCACAACUUAAAAAUGUUCUGGCAAAGCACUCCCCAGCACUCCACUGGCCCAGUAAAGAUUUUCCGAGGAGCUCCUGGAACAAUGACUUCUAAGAAAGAUGUCCUCAGCUUGCUAAACUUAUCUCCACGACACAGCAAAGAAGAAAGUGCAGAUAAGCUGGAACUAAAGGACCUAUCUAUUCAGCAACACUUUGCUUCUCCACAAAAGAACCCUCCAAACGGACACAGGCGCCCUGAAAUUACAAAUGCAGUGACAUCAACUCAUUCUUCACCUUCCAGUAGUACUCCAGGAACUGUACGCCCUUUGAGGCUGCCAUCUGGAAAUGGUUAUAAAUUCUUGUCACCGGGAAGAUUUUUUCCUUCCUCCAAAUGUUGAAAUGUCCUCUAUACCAACUGAUGACUUAAAAUCUUGUUAAAAGUAUUUGCUUCUGCCCACUUGCCUUUAUCAAUACAGAACCACAGAAUAUUACCUAAAAAGCCAUGGUCACACCCACGGUUGGCAGUACGCAGGUGAGCAACAGAUGGGCCCUGUCUUCACAGCAGGAGCAUGGGCCUUACACAGAUGGGUUUUGGUUCCCCUUACCUGGACCCUGGCCAGACUCACUUGAUAACAGUUCUUAUGCAGUGUUCAGUAUUUGCAGCAACAGGUCCAAUGAAUCUAGUUGUUUGUUUGUAAAAUAUUAACUCUUAAGCCACGUACUUGUAUUUCUUAUCCUAACAGGAGGUUUUGCAGCAAACUUUUUAUACAGAAAUUAAUACAUAUCAGGGAUUGGAGAGGGAGGUGAGAGAAGGCAAAACUUUGAUUUAUACCAUAAAGAAAGUGUGCACAAGUUUCUGCCUAAAGAAGUACAAGCCAUUUCUUUGAUUGCUUUCAAAGGCUGAAAAGGAGGAUAACACGUCUCCAGUACCUCUGCUAAGUUAGCCAAACACAAGAAAUUACUGGUGCAGCAACUCCAUAGCAGCACAAUGCUGGCAGUUGUCUUGCAUUAUUCAGAGGCUAGUAGGACAGAGGUGUCUCAUUCCAAAACCUCCUUCUCAGGUAUCUCCUCUGGAGGGAGACCUUUCAGGUGAAUUUUUGCUGACUGAUCUGCUCCCAAAAUGUUUUGGGCAUAGUGAACAAUUUGAGCCUCUCACAUGAGGUGGGGGAAUGUGUCAGAGAAACAAAUUCUGGUUUUAUUGAAUGAUCUGAUGCUUCUGGCACAUAGCUUUAUUAUGGUAGAGAUUUAUCUUGGCAAGUAUUUAGUCAGCACAGAUGUCUUCUGUCUGCUAAGUGUGCGCAGAAAAGGGAGACAAACAUGGAAACUCAGAGCAUUAUUUUACAGUUCCACAGGAGGCAGGAAUCUGACAUCAGUGUAUGUGAUUUAGAAAUCACAUGUCCAAAUAAAUCCAUCACUAAUUCUGCUGAACCUUUCAAAAUAGUUCAUCACGGGCAGGUCUUCAAAUCUUUCCCAUCCUGUAGAAACUCAUUUCUUUUGGGGACAAGUAUCCCAGUAUAAGUACAUGAGAUAGGUUUAUGUCCACUUGCAAUCAGAACGUACAGGAUGGACCAUGCAGACUGCCUACUUACAGAAUCUGUGCACCCUCUUAUCCAUGGAGAAAAGAGAAAAAAAAGCAACCCAGGGGUUUAGGUUUAAUGGAUCACAUUUGAGAGGUUUGUGGGAUUUUUUUAAGUGGCCUUUCAGUGCAGUGAUAUAAUAAUAAUCAGAAGUGAUCAUUUACAUGCACUAAAAUCUAUGGACAUGUGGUAACAUUAACUCAGCCACAUUUCACACUUAGAUCCAAGUAUUUCACAGGCCAUGAGCUAUGAAGUCGGAGCACUGAAUCACCAAGGCUUUUGGUUGCUGUUCUGCACUCCCCAAAUUUCUUGAGCAGCUGGGGGCUAAUCACUUCACCUCUCUGUGCCUCAUCUUCCCCAUCUAAGUGGGGAUAGUAAUACUUACCUACCUACCUCACAGAGGUGUUGUGAGGCUUAAUUAACAAAUUAAGCCCUGAGCUUUAGUCAGAUCUUAAGUCAACUUCCAGUCUUGUGCCUGACUACCUGAAUGGUGAAUGCAGUCAGCUCUCUAAUCUUACAAGGGACACACGGUUGAUGCAGAUAAUUGUUCCAUCCAUCAUGUCUGGAUGCUCUUCCUGAAAAUACAGGGCUGAUCAUUUGUGAUUUUCUUCAGGAUCUUGGAGGAAAGGCAUGGUAGGAAGAAAGAAGAUUAAAUUUUUAUACCUUAAUACUUAUGUUCAGCUUCCUGAUAGUGCACAUAUCAAAUGCUUGCUUUGAUUAUAUUCAAGAAUUCAGUGGUUUUGGAGGAAUGCUUUCCUUUUCACCGUUGCAAGGAAUUAAUAUGAGCACUAAAGGCACAGAAUAUAGGGUUGUGUUAUUUUAGUCAGCUAAAAAGGAUGGAUGCUGACGAGUUUCAGUGCAGAAAGACAAGACUUCAGUUAUUCACUUAUUUAUAUUAUGCAAUGUAGCAAAACAGUCAAGAAAAAUCGGUUAAACUCACAUGAUGCAAGUUACUUGUCUGUACAUUACAUCUUCCUGUGAUGGAUUGGUGCUAGGUAUCUUCUUCUUUAAGUAGGAAGAGUUAAAAUAGUGGGCUGAAAUGAGUCAGUACAACACAUACACUUCAUGUGGAUGGUGAUACUGCUGAUCAUGCAACUUGUGGUCACAAGACUGCCGAGAGACUUCGUGUGACCUGCUCUGUUUGUAACCAACACGGCCGUCGUUGAAUGACAUCCCAGGGUCAUCCAGGAUGGAAGUGGGCAGCUUUUUGCUUAUAGCAACAGCAAAUACUCCCUGCAGUGCUGCAUAACAUGCCAGAAACAAGCCUCUCUACUUGCAAUUUACUUCCAUAACUAAAGGAUCUUUAAUCUGUAGAAAUUAUAUAUUGCCAUUUUGGUACAGCUCAUUUUUAUGCUGCCAGUGGGUUUCUUACUGGCUUUGGAUAACUAAACUUUUCAGAAAGAGCUAAAUCUUAGUUGUUGUUUAAUGGUUGGGAGGGAGAAGCAUUAGAAGGAAGGAAGGGUUCAGAUGUAGAGGAAGUUCAGUAUUUGGGAAACUGGUAUUGUAUAAAUAUGGAAGAUAAGUGUCAGUAGAACAAGUCUUUUGGGAAAUUUAUUUCCAUUGACACAGGGCACUUCCAUUGGCUUAUUGAGAGCUAUGAACAUGCAUGCUUGUCAUGGUUGGGAUACACUUCACACACCUUGUGCCUCACUCCUCCACCCCUGAAUGAGAAACAACCCUUUUGUGAGGAAAAAAAAAAAAAAAAAAAGUUUUAUCAGGUUUGCCCAGUAUGUGGAGAAAUUCAGGAAAUGAAACGAACAUGUUCUCCUUUUGGUAUUAGAAUUCCUUCUGUGGAGUUUAAAUGCAUUUGUUGUUGUUGUAUUUGUGCAUGGUACAAGUGACAACACUACUUAAUACAGUGAGCAAUAAGAAUUAGGUAUUAUCCACUUUCACAUUAGACCUUCCACAUGCAGAAAAUCCCCAAGGCAAUAGAAUGUAUUUUAGUUUGGUUUUACCCAGUAUGUUUUACUGUGUGAGAUACUAAUUACAUAUAUUUUAUUGACUGUCUUUAGCUUAAACUAAAUGGGAACAGUAAACAAUCUCAGUGAUCAAAA